AAUAAUAUUGUGAAGACUAAAAAAAGGAAUUGAAAAAGAGAUGAUUAAAUAACAUGUAUGGCCUUUUAUAAGAAAAGAAAAGAAAAGAUGGUGAAGGGUUGUUUGGAAAAGGACACAAUAGACGACUCUCUCGUUGCAUUGAAGUUGAGUGAACCCCACACUCUCCCAACGGGCAACUCUCUUCACAAAGCUCUUUCAUCCAUUUUCUCCGCCAUUAAAGCUCCGGAACUCCCUACGACAGACAUUGCUAGGAAGAAGGAUGUCCAACAUUUCCCCAAUAUUCCCCAUCCCCGAUUCUCAACAUUUCAGCGACUAUGGCUUCGAUCCUCAAGUCCACUACUUUCAGGUUAUGGAGGAAGCGAGAAAGCAUAAGAGAGAAACAUGGGCAAAGUCAUCCAUGAACAACGGUCUUCAAUUCAAGAUCCAAAAACCCAUUUCGAAAGAUGACCCGACCCGAUCCACGAUGCACACCAACAAGAGGAAGAAACGGUGCUGGUGGAAAAAGGCUCUCCCUUUCUUCAAAUGGCGGAAAUGGCCUGUCGCCGCCGGCUUGAACGAAGAUCGUAGAGCUAGGAACUUUCGAACCGUAACCGGAUCGAUGUCUGGUCCGAUUUACGCAACGGAGAGUCUGAGCACACCGUACCGUGCAAGUACAAAUAGACAUUCGUCAGGACCUAUAGCGGGAACAUUAACGCCAGGGAGGGCGAUCCCGUACCUGAGUUUACGAGAGCUUAACAUGGAACAGCCACAGAGGAUUUCUAUCUGCUCUUCCCCCAUUUACUUGGUCACGUAAAAAAGUUAACUAGUCCUUUCCAAAACUACUUUUUUCUUUUUGUCGGAGGAGUUCAAUAGGAUAAUGUGAUGCUUUAAAUAAUCUUUGUGUUUUACAACUGGUGAAAGCUGCAAAGUACUUUCAUCUUGUAUCUCCUUUUUUUAACCAAAAAAAAAAAAUAAUAAUAAUAUUCAUCUA